AUGGCAGAAAGAUUUGGGGAGUUAAGCGAAACAGAAAUUCAAGUUUUACUUGAGAAAAGCACGCCAAAAUGCACUGAAAGAACGACAAAUUUUGGAAUAAAAGUAUUCGACGUAUUUCCAGAAUGGUUCACGAGCUCAAAAAAAUUUGACAAGUACAUAACAGAGAUGUCUAAAGCAGAAUUAAAUAAUUGCUUAAAGCAGUUCUACACGUCUGCCAGGCAGAAAGACGGCUCGUAUUACAAAAAAACAACAAUGAAAGCUAUUAGGGCUGCCAUCGAAAGGUUUUUAAAGAAAAAGUGUAAAAAAGGGUUUAGCAUAGUUGGUGACCCUACCUUUGCCGAAGCGAACGAAGUUCUUGAUGCCUUUGUCAAAGAUUUAAGAAAGUCGGGGAAAAUAGCUGGCACAGUUCACAAGAAACCAAUUUCCAAAGAAGAAAUUCAGCAGCUCUUCCGUUCCGGUGAAUUAGGUCCCGCCGACACGUUAGACCCCGCACAACUGUUUCGCACAGUUUGGUUUUACUUUGGGAAAAGAGGUCGAGAAAACCAACGGCUCCUGAAGCCAAACAUGCUGAUCUUGAGGUCCACACCAGACGGGAAGGACUUUUAUGAGUUAAAUCGCGAAGUUGCUGGUUCUGUUUUGGCAACAAAAAAUCACCAAGGUGGUCUCUACGAUCCCGAAGACGAAUCCGACGGCAAAAUCUAUAGCAUACCAGAUUCUUCUACCUGUCCUGUCCAAACAAUCAAGAAUUAUUUGAAGCAUCUUAACCCAGCCUGUGAGAGCUUGUUCCAGCGUCCAAAAGACGCGAAUGCCAACAAAUUUGAUGUCAACAACCUGAUCUGGUAUGCAAAUUCCCCUGUCGGUGAGAGGACUCUCGGCAAUUUGCUUCGUGUCAUGACAAAAAGAGCAGGUAUCGAACCACCCUUAACUAACCACUCCAUUAGGGCCACAUCCGUAACGGUCUUAGCAAACGCGAACGUUGAGACCCGUUUAAUCAAAUCAAUCACUGGCCACAAAUCCGACACAUCGAUCGAGUCAUACAGCAGCCGGCCAUCCUCGAGUCAACAAGAAGUUAUGUCUUCGAUUUUGAGUAACUACAUCAGCCAGAGCGAAUCGGUAGCUGCUUCAACCAUACUUGAGGACAAAGAGAAUCAGGUUCAACGAGAAUCUUGUAUUUCUGCUUCAUCCGCCAAACACGACCAUCAAAUUACCGUUGUCAACAAACAGCAACAAGCGAUCCAACUAAAUCAAGCGAAGAACUUUACGGCUUCAAGUCCAGUGUUUCAAAUUCAAAACUGUACAGUUAACAUUUAUAACUGAGCUUCAUGGAUUUCAUUCUUUUAAUCGGUCGCAAAGACGUUUUUAACUGUUAAAAAUUGUUCAGUAAUGUUGAUUUUAUAAUGAUUUCAAAGCGAUCGAACUUGCAU